UUUUAGGGUGGAUUUUCCCCGAAUAAACGCACCGUAACCACCACCAUGCCUCCAUGCGCUCGCAGCACCACAAUGCGAGAGAGGGAGGAGAGAGAGAGAGAGAGAGGAGGGAGAGAGAGAGCUGUUUACAUUGUGAACCAGACCUGAGGUUUUUAUCAUCCAGCUGCACCACCGGUACAGCAGCCCCCUCUGGCCUCACAGUCCGCUUUUGUCCGCGAAGACCGUUUCCAAUUUACGCUUUACGCACAGCCAUGAUUUUGACGCACGGGUGAACUUCUUUCGCCCUCUCGCGCCUCGACCACAACUCACAAAGGAAAGUAACGAAGACGGAGAGAGAAAAAAAAAAAACCCCAGCUCAACUCCACCACUUCUAUCUUAAGUGCUCGGACUUGGAACAGGUUGGCAGAGCCAUGUCCCGGAGGAAGCCAGUGAAAGGCAGAGGGAGCUCCAAGAGCCCCAAGGCGUCGCCGGGCGGCGGCAGAGACAGCGGCAGGACGGGGCGAGGUCUGGGCGCCGCUGCCGCGCCGUCCUCCGGGCUGGUGUAUCCCAGCAGACCGUCCAUCAGCAACAGCGGGGAGUUUUAUGACAUCGCCUUCAAGGUGAUGCUGGUGGGGGAUUCAGGUGUGGGGAAGACCUGUCUGCUGGUUCGCUUCAAAGAUGGAGCCUUUCUAGCUGGGAGCUUCAUCUCUACUGUGGGCAUCGACUUCAGGAAUAAAGUCAUGAGCAUUGAUGCUGUGAAGGUCAAACUGCAGAUUUGGGACACUGCUGGUCAGGAGCGUUUCCGGAGUGUCACACAUGCUUACUACCGCGAUGCUCACGCUCUUCUCCUUCUGUAUGAUGUCACUAACAAAGCAUCCUUUGACAACAUCCGGGCCUGGUUGACAGAGAUCCAUGAGUACGCUCAGCAGGACGUGGUCGUCAUGCUGCUGGGUAACAAGGCUGAUUCCACACAUGACAGGGCGGUGAAGCGCGAGGAGGGAGAGAAACUAGCAAAGGAGUUUGGAGUGCCCUUCAUGGAGACGAGUGCUAAAUCUGGACUGAAUGUGGAUCUGGCCUUCACUGCUGUGGCCAAAGAGCUGAAGCACAGGACCAUGAAGGAGCCUGACGAGCCAAAGUUUCAGCUGCAGGAGUACGUCGACAAAGAAAUGAAGACUGCUGGCUGCUGCCGCUCAUAGACCACAUCCUAGCUGUGUGUGUAUGCGUGUGUGUGUGCGUGUGUGUGUGUGUGUGUGUGAGAGAGGGAGAGAACAGGUACAUUCUGUUAGAGUAUGUAAUAUAUCUGAGUUGGUGUGUCUGGGAAUAAUCUCAGCAUUUUUAAUAUUUCUGUAAGUGUUGAUAUGGCCAAUGUGCUCUCUCUCCUAACCCACCUUUCCACUGCAACUGUGAAUGUAAUAUACUGUAUACAUGCAUGUUCUCACACACACACACACACACACACACACACACACACACACACGCACACGCACACAAACGUACACACACACACACACACACACACAAACACACGCACAGAGACAGAGCUGUGUUCGUAAGUCUACUUCACAGCCUGUUUAAUGUAUUCUGUGCAGUUUUCCAUAAAUGUGAUGUACAUAUUUUAAAUGUAAUUUUAAUUUUGUGUUCUGAAAUCUUUGUAGUUUGUAAAUGCCUGUCUUGUUGAAACUAAAGUAUAUCAACACAAAUAUGUGAAAUAUUAAAUCAGUCUUAAAGUAAUACAACUAGAUCUUAUGAACACAAUUGUACAGAUACACUUCUGCACCUAACGUAUGCUAUCAAAUGGCACUGUGUGCUGUUUAUGUACAGGAUACAAUAUGAUAACUGUUUUUAAUACUUGUACUUGUGAUCAUGAUCAUGACUACCAUCAUACUGAUGCGUCUGUGAAAUAUGAAUUGAGCUCUUGACAUUUUUUACACAGAUUGUUCAGUUUGAGUUUAAAGCUGCUGUUUCAAGCAUUUUACAUUAACAAAUCUCCUGAAGUAAUUAUUAGACCUACAAUUUAGAAAACAGCACCAUCGGCAAAAGACUGUAGGAGUCCAUUGACCACUACUGUAUUUUCUUAUUUUACUUAUGUGAGGAGAAAUGAGUUGUAUUGGAUUAAGGCAAAUAACAAGAAGACUGUGUUGGUCGUCCAUUGAAAAUGAGUUCCAACAUGUUAAAUGCACGAGACAGAGACAAAAAACAUCUUUUUUGACUUGGUUGACACAAAGCAACAGGAAUCUUGUGACAUUUGGGCUAAACCUGGAUUUAAAAAAACGAGUUAGCUAUUGCGUUUGGAAUGUCAUUUACCCAUGGAAUCAAUAGUUUGACAAAAAAAACAAAAAACAAACAUAAAAAAACUUCACUCAAGGUCUACUUACCAGCCAUUUCUGGAUCUUUCCAUCACAUCUCAUGGUCUUCAUUAGCGGAUGCAGUUGAGCUGCUGAUGAGGACCGGAUCAGCUCCAUCAGCUUUAAGAUUUAACAAGAUUGAUUUAUUUAAUUUAAUCAAGAUUUUAUUCAAUGGGACAACUCCAUACAUUAAGCAAGGUCCAUCCACUGAUAAAGACAGUGAGAUGUGGUGGAAAGCUCCAGAUAAAGCUAUUAAGUGGACCUUAGAUUCAAAUUUUUUUUUAGUUGAAUAUUGCUUUUUGGAGAAAGAUUAUAGAUAAGUCUCAACUUUUUGUAAGCAUCACAGUGAAUUUUAAACUAUACAGUAUAUUGUGUAAAUAUUUAAAACUGCUACACCAAAAAUCUUGAUAUUUUUACGCCACUUUAACAGGUAUUAUUUCAGAGCAUAAAAAUGUUAAAAACAAAACCAAAAAAAAAAAA